AUGGCCUGGGCGCCGCGGCCGGUGGUGCGCCGGACGGUGCUGCUGGCGGGGCUGGGGAACUAUACGCACCCCACGACGCGGCACUCGAUAGGGCAGUACGUCCUGGAGCCGCUCGCGCGGUGUGCUGCGGCGCACGACGUCCAGGUGCGCGCCGAAGUCGCGGCGACGAUGGAGCGAUUCCGGGGCACACCGCAUGCGCUGCCCCCGAGCGAGCUCCCGCGCGCGUUUGCAAUGGAGCGCGCGGCGAAGGGGUGGGUCGCCAAAGUCUCGGUCCUCCUCGAUACCAAGCCGCAAAAAGGGACCAAGUUUAGCCCGCUGUUCAAGGCCGAGCCUGCGCGCUUUCCGCUCGUGCUGGCCGACAUUGUGUUGUAUAUCCCCAAGUUUCUCAUGAACGUGUCCGGCGCGGGCAUCGCCGCGGCGCAGGGCGCGUAUCCGGGCGUGCGUCUGCCGGACGACGUGCUGCUCCUCCACGACGAAAUGUCGCGCGCCUUUGGCAAAAUCUCUUUCAAGGCUGGCGGCAGCGCCGCUGGGCACAAUGGCGUGCGCAGCGCGCAGGCCAUGCUACGUACGAAGAAGGUCGCCGGCGACGUCGCGCGCAUCCGCAUCGGCAUCGGGCGCCCGCCAGAGGGGGUGGACGUCUCGCCGUUCGUCCUCGGCACGAUGCCGAGCGACUGGCUCGACGCGUGCCAGUGGCCUCCGCCGGGCAAUGCGCCGGCGAGCGCCAUGCCCGAGCUUGCCGGAGCGCCCCCGCGCGGCGAGCUCAUCGAGCAGGUAUGGAAAGAGGUGGUGCAGUGGUGCAUUCGGCCCUACGUGCCGUAG